CCCUGCGCCCUAGGCCGAGUGUCCCGGGCCCUGGCACCGACCCCGUCCGGUCUGCUGGGUUCGGGCGCGGCCUGUCCCGCGCUUCCGCAGUGCCCCCGCGGCUCGCUGAGUGUCUGCCUCCGCGGAGUCCCGCCACGCGCAGGCGCUCACUCUGAUGUUGCCGUGGGCAAAAGACGCAGCCGUAUUUACAUCCUCCCCUCCCUCUGAGGGGUCCGGCCGGAGAACAGAGUGGCCGCUGUGACAGCUGUGGACGGGCCUGACGAGAUGAAGAACCGAGUCCCCGUGGUGCUCCUGGCCUGCGGCUCCUUCAACCCCAUCACCCACAUGCACCUGCGCUUGUUCGAGGUGGCCAGGGACCACCUGCACCAGACAGGCAGGUACCAGGUGACCCGGGGGAUCAUCUCGCCCGUCAAUGACCUCUACGGCAAGAAAGAUCUGGUGGCCGCCCACCACCGGGUGGCCAUGGUCCAGCUCGCCCUGCAGACAUCCGACUGGAUCCGAGUGGACCCCUGGGAGAGUGAGCAGGCGCAGUGGAUGGAGACGGUGAAGGUGCUCAGCUGUGCCCGAGCUGAAGCUACUGUGCGGCGCCGACGUGCUGAGGACCUUCGACACGCCGGGGCUCUGGGAGGAGGAGCACGUGCGCGAGAUCGUGGAGCGCUUCGGCCUGGUGUGCGUGGGCCGCGCGGGCCACGACGCGGCCGCCUACGUCUCGGGCUCGCCGCUCCUUCGGCGCUUCCAGCACAACAUCCACCUGGCCACCGAGCCCGUGCGCAACGACGUCAGCGCCACCCUGGUGCGGCAGGCCCUGCGCAGGGGCCAGAGCGUCAAGUACCUGCUGCCCGACGCCGUGCUCGCCUACAUCACGCGCCACUGCCUCUACGCCCCCGACGCCGCCGCUGGCUCCGCGGACGCCCGCGAACACCAAGGACCGACCAGCUAGGGCGGGGGCCCUGGACAGUGAGCUCCCGGGCUCCCCCUGCCUCCUUCCUUCCCACUCCUGCCUCCUCUCCCUUCAUCCUCCCCCUUCUUCCGCCCUCCCUCCCUUCCUUCCUUCCUUUGCUCAUUCUUCGUUUCCUCCUUCCUUCCCUCUCUUUCUCCUUCAUAUCCCUCUCCCCUUCCUCUCUCCCUUCCUUCUUUCCCUCCAUUCUCCCCACCUCCUGCCAAAUUCCUUCCUUCCUUUGUUCACUCUUCCUUUCCUUCUUCCUUCCCUCUUUCUCCUUCAUAUCCCCUCUUCCCUCCGUCUCUCUCUUCAUUCUUUCCCUUCUUCCAUCCUUGUUCCUUCCUUCCUCUCUCCCUCCCUCCCUUCUUUCCUUCCUCUCUCCUUCCUUCUUUCCUCUCUUCCUUCCUCCCUCCUUUCCUUCAUCCCCUUCUUCCUUCCCUCCCCCUCUCUUCCUUCCUUUCCUUCCUUUCUCUUUCUUCCCACUUUGUUUUCCGUAUUUCUGGCUUCAGUUCAACAGAUGUUUCCCCCAGGAUCCCCCAUGCCCCUCAAAAAGCGUGCCCCUCGAAGAGCGGUCCUCCCUGCCCCCUCUGUGGGACCUGUCCCCAUCACCAGGAUGGGCGUCCAUUCUGCUGUGCUUAUAGGGUGCAGCAUUAGAAAAUGCCCAGAAGUUCGCAGACCCUCUGGAUGAAGAGGCCUUCUUGAGGGGAUGCCCAGAGGGGUUCUGAGCCCACAGGACCCCUGAGUGUGGGGACAGAGGGCCCACGUUGUGGGGUUUAAUGUGGAUGAAAUGCCACGUCCGGGUCUUGAUUGGAGGGACCUGAGAGUUUGCUCAUCUAAAGCCGCAUUUCAAACGCAAACUCCCUAACGGGCAGCUGAGGGUGGUUAAGACAAGACUUGGCCGUUUGCUGAUUUUCCUGGAGUCCGUCCUGCACUGGUAACGGCCCGGCCUCCUGGGGCCGCAAGUCCAGUUGGAGCUAAACUUUGCCCAAGGCGUUGACUAACUAGACUGUUUUUGAUGGAGCAGAGUUUUCGAACCUAGUUUUUCUCUCCAGGGUUCCUGGUGUCCCAGUUUCUAAGAAGGAACAAAUGAGAAACGGCUUCCCGACUAUGCACGGUCUGUGUGCGUGCGUGACGGCUGCUCCCCGCCCGCUCGACUGUUGGCAAGGGGAGGAAUA